GCCGAUUUAAUCUUACCCGGAUGUUUGACGAAGCUGAAGAUAAUAAAACAGUAACAAACAUACAAAGUGCAAUCAAAAAACGAAAUCGGUUUCAUUAUAUUGGAAUUUAUAUGUUGGCUUCUUUCUUCUGGUAAAGAAUCGAAACUCGUUGUCGGUUGAGUGGAACCUCUUUAACAAGUUCGCGAGUCGACCUAUUGUUAAAUAUCCCUUGCUAUAAUGGCUGGUGCGCAGGGCGAUCCCCAAAAAUGGGGAAUGCCUGGUUGGAGAAUUGAACAAAGAUAUUCAAAUAAAACUCUCAUCGGGAACUGGUGCGAAGAAACCAAACUCUUUCAACGUGGCCAGCAUUCCAACAGCAGCACUCAUCGAACUGACUUCAAACUUUAUGUAGAUCACAAACCAGAUACUAUUAUAAGAAGAUCAGCAUUAAUGAGAAAUGAAGGUUUAAGAAAACAACAUUUGUUUACACAUCAUGGGAACACAUACAGCAACAACAUGAUAUCUUGGUAUGACGAACAAUUCAACAAGAGAGAUAGAGAAGAAGGCGAUAAAUUGCCUGAUCUACGAAAAUGGGACGGCCAUAAACUUGCUUGGGCUCCUGAAAGAUCUGACUACCCUAUGCAAGGCGUCCCAACCAACUUCGGAUUACACAACAAAAUGAGCAGAAGAUGGACAAGUGAGCUGAAGGCAGAAAGACAAGGCCAUUACAUUACAGACUAUAGAAAGGCAUACACACAACAUCCUCAUACAGCAUUCCCACAUAGAUUUGCCUCAGCUCCAAAGUAUUUAUCAAGCCAUUUUAACCCAAUAACCAAGAUUAAUAAAGACUUGUGGUUACGAAGAACGCCGUUCAACAUGGCACCGGAAUAUCCACCUCAAGUUACGCCACCUUCUGCAGUUUAACUCAACAUCUCUUUACUUUCACAUCCAUGCUAACUUUGAAAUACAUAAAACACCUUAUUGCACUUUUCACCCACCUGACAGUUACUGGAAUAGAUUUAGAUUAUAUAUUGUUAAAAGUUCCAUUGUUAAAAGUUCCAACUUUUCAUGACUUUUACGCCAUCGAGAUUGUUUAACUUUCACUUCCUUGUAUAGUGGAUACCACUGUCUUUUCAGAUUAAAAUAAAAUAUGAUUUACAUACAA